CAGCCGCCGGCCGUUUCAAUUCGCCGAGGGCAAACUCGCCGACCCAGCUCAAGAAAUCGACGCCGAUACGACCUUACCCCUAUCUCGCCGACUGAUUACGAGCGGAUUGGGGGCCCUUCAAUUGGGAGAGAGGCGCCCCGUGAUACGAUACGGGGGCAAUUGGAGGCGGCGGCGGCCCCGAUUUUUUUCCCCGUGAUUUUUUCGGGGCUGAUUAUAGGGGCGGCUCUGGUGAUAGCCCUAUCUAGGGUUUCGGUUGGGCGGCGAGGCGAAGGCGCUGCCGCGCUAGGGUUUCGGUGGUAGCCCUGCCUCCACGGAGGGGUGGCGUGGAGGUCGCCGGCAUGCGUUGAUUGGUGAUAAGGGGAUAGGAGCGGAGCGUUGGCAGCGGCGGCGGCGUGGCAUUGCAGCCGCGGAUUAGGCUGGUGGGCGCACCGAUUGGAUCGCUGGAGAAGGACCUCCCCUUUCCGCAGCCAUUGGUGGGUAGAUGGUGAGUGGUGCCCCCCAUGGAGCAGGACAUACCCGCCUUCAAGCCGCAAUGGCUGAUGCAGGGACAGGUCACGGCCACUGGUGCCGCGACCCUCUGGGCCGCAGCUUCGUCACGCAAAGUAGAUUGUCAAGGUAAGGGUGGUUCAUCAAGAAAUCGCUCAUCUGGGCACAACCGUGACCAGAGUUCUCGGCAGUCUUCAUCACGGAGGAGUUCAGUCUCAAGUGGAUCCCGGAGGCUUGACCGGGAUGACAUGGGGAAGACAAGGGGCUAUGCAAAUUUUGGAAGGAACAAGGAUAAGGAGAGGGAGAAGGAUUUUGAUUCCCGUGAUAGGGAGAGUAGGUCCGUUACAGCAGAUCGUGAUGGCUUUCAAUCAUUUAGCUCAUGUAGACCUGAAAGGGAUAGGUUAAAUCGUGCUCGCUCGAAGGCAGACACAUCAAGUAAGGGAGUAAUUAGUCUAAAUAAUGGUAGUACAUCUAAAAGCAAUACUGUUGGCGUUGCCUUUGAGCGAGAAUUCCCACAGCUUAGUUCCGAGGACAAGAAUGGAAGGCAAGACAUUAGCAGAGUCCCAUCUCCUGGUAUCACCACCCCAAUUCAGAGCCUGCCUCCAUUUACUCCAUCUGAUGGCUGGACUUCCAAGCUAGUAGGAGCUCCUCUAUCAAGUGAGCCAAAGAAAAAUCUUGUUGCCUCUUCUGUACCACAAGCCGCUCCUAGUAAAAAGCCUGAAGUAGCACUGAACAGUGGAACUGCAUUAAGCAUGGCAGAGACUGUUAUGCAAGCUCCUCAGAGAACUUUGUCUGGACCUCAGCUAUCAAUUGAUGCUCAGAAGAUUGAAGAAAGAACUUUGAGACAAAACACUCUAAGACCUAUGACUUCUGCAACAAGCAAAUCUUCUAUUAUUCAGGUAACAAGCUCUUCCAAAUCAAAAGGAACACGGAUUGGAGAUCUUGCUGGUACUAGUAAGGCCAUACAACAAUCAUUAGCACUUCCCGCCAAUGGUUCUGUUCGAGCUCCAGCCAAGGCCGAGCUUUCAAAGCUUACUCUUUCAGGAAGCUUUAAAAUCCUCAGCCGAGAGCAAAAUUGUACUGUACAGACUCCUAAAGACUCUCCAGGCAGUCCUGCGAGUCCUCCAGCUCGUGUGGCUUCCAUGGAACCACACAAGAAGCCUCCUCUCAGCCAAAAGCCCAAGGUUUCCACACAUGAUCUUCCUCUAGUGCAAGGUUCAUCUUGUGGUGUUAGCAAAUCAAGAUUAAAGUUCUUCCAGUCGUUGCGAACCAAAUCUAAUGGUUCAAGUUCAGCCGUUGAGUCAGGUUGUGAGCCAUCUCCAUCCAGCGGAGUUGAUGCGAAGCAUGAUUCUUGUCUUAAUUCUGGAAUGAAAUGCAUGGGGAAUGGAAAGUGUUUCUGUGAAGAAGCAAAUUCUUCCGAAGGAUCCCAGCGGCACCAUUCAGACAAUGAAGAGAACAAGUCAUCCUUGCAGUCUGUUGACAUGGCAGCUGGGGGAUCUCAGCAGCUUGUUGUAGAAAACCUGGAGUCUGACUCCUCAUCCGAACUUGCUGACACAGGAGAUGAUGGAUUCCAGGUAUCCGGCUCAGACAAUGCAGAUGGUAGCUCCUCCUCAGCACUUGCAGAUUCAGAUGAUGGAUACAAGAACUCACAGUCUGGCAAUGAGGACGCUAGUUCAUCGUCAGAGGCUACUGAACCAGAAGAUGAGGAGUAUCCAGCUGAAGCCAUAUUCACUGCAGAAGAUCUGGCUUUCAUGAUAUCCCUUGGCUGGAGUAAAGAUGAAAAGGUGCAACCUUUGGGUUUGGAAGAAAUUGCUGACUAUGUGAGGCGCCAUAAGGGGCUGGAGCAGAGGCUUUUCUCCAUGGAAGCCAACGCCGACAUCAAGAUAAUUCUCCUUUAUCUUUGCGGUCAGAGCUAAAUGAAAGGUUGAAGGAGCCUAGAGUACAGAAAACAGACGCUUUAAAAGGCAGGUACUUAGGGACUAUGGAAGCCACAGUUUGCAAAAUGCAAUGGCUAGUCACACCUUUUGAUGCUGAGAACUGAUAGCAAAGAGUCCUUGGCAUGAGUUUUGUCUAGAUUAACAAGUCGAGAUUUUUUUCCCUGAUGACUCUCGUCUAUCAACUUGGGGAGGUGGUUCACAAGUAGUUCUGACAAUUUUUGGCAUGUUGGAAAAAUGAGGUUAGGAUUUAUCAUAUUUUUCCCAGGAGUACCAAAUGUAGGUCCCGUCCUGCUGCCCUUUGAAAAAUAGGUUGCUUUUCCCCCUCGUCAGGUCUUAUCUUUAUUUUCGAAAAGGAUAAGGUGGUAUUUUCAACCAUGAAAAAGGUGGAUAUGAUUACACUCGUCUCAGAAAAAGUUUCUUUAACUCGAUGUCCUCUUUUAUUUCCUGUGAGAUUGAUUCGCUAUUUGA